AUUCCCUUGUUCGUCAACAACUAGGCCAAACUUUUUGAAAAGUAACCUUGUUUCCCAUCUUGUCCAUGGAUAUCAAGACCUUGCUAGACAAUCUUCAUGAUGAAGAGGGUCGUGAAGGGGUAAAAUGGGAACUGGGAUUAGCCUUAUUGUGGACUGGGAAAAUGGGAUUUACUCACUGGGACUGGGAUUUAGCCACUGGGAAUGGGAUGAAAAAUUAUAAAAUGGGAAUGGGAUUUCUUUUCUUCAGUGGUCGUUGCUCCAAUAUUUUGAAAUAGAAAAAUAAAAUUUCGUAGCAAUAGAUUUUGCACUCCUCAGUAGAGACCAUGAAAUCAGUAUUUUUCGCCUUCGCGCCCGCGGUCUAGCUACCAGGCUUACACGGUUGCAUAGUUACGUUCUGUCAGUUUUCCUGGUCGGCGGACAAGUUCUGCAAGUUUGCAUAUGAAGAUAUUGUGAAGGGAAGAUAAAAAUGGCUUCGGAAAAGGUUUCUCGCAAAAUGGUACUAGAAAUCAAGUACGUCAAUGCAAAUAACGCCGUUAUACACACCGAAAACUCUAAACUUUUGUUGGAUUUAAACUGUAAACUGGUAACUGGGAUUUUGGCAAAAAUUAGCCUGGGAACUGGGAUUUGGGCCAAAUUUAGGCUGGGAACUGGGAUUUGGUACCCCCCUUCACGACCCUCGAUGAAGUAUCCUGCUCGGUGUGCAUGUGUACAUUCACUGAUCCAAAGCAGUUGCCUUGUUUGCACAGUUUCUGUCUUCAUUGCCUGAACGGAAUUCAACGAACGAGCGGCGUCCAUGGAAAAAUUACGUGUCCCGAGUGUAGGAGACAGUUUCAGAUUUCUGGAAGUGGAAAUCCCAGCGAACUUCCCACCAAUUUUCGAAUAAACAGCCUGCUAGAUGUCUUGGCAAUUAAAGAGUACAGUACAGUCAACGUAAAAUGCAGAAACUGCGACAAACGAAGCGCCCAGACCUUAUAUUGCUUCCAGUGUUGUUCCUUCUGGUGCGAAGAAUGUAUUGUAGGACAUAACAUAAUGCGAGAAAAUAAAGAUCACAGAACGCUAGCGCUGAAAGAUUUUCAAGAUCAAGACAUCAAAGCUGUUUUAGAGCGACCAGCAUUUUGUCAGAAGAAACACCAUGAAAACAAAGAGCUGGAGCUCUUUUGCAAGGACUGUAAAGUCGCCAUUUGUAGCGCUUGUGCCAUGACACUUCAUGAUAAUCAUGUCAAGAUGCUUUUGCAAGAAGCUACAGAUGCCCGCAAGACACAGAUCAAAUCCACUAUUAAAUCUUUGAAAGACAAAGCACUGGAAAAACGAAAGAAAGUGGAAAAAAUGAACCAAAAGAGCAUCGAACUUCAAUCGCAAGUAGCCGACGUAAAAAGCCAAGUGCAGUCUUGUGUAGACCAAAUUAUUGCAAUCAUCGAAGCGAGGAAACAGGAUGUUUUUGAAGUGAUUGACAAUCAAGCGAAAAAAUCACUGGAAUCUCUCUCACAUAAAAAAGACGAAGUGGACAAACAAGUGAAAUUAAUUGAAUCAGCAACUGAACAAACUGAAACUCUGUUGAAAAGAAGCUUUAGUACUGAAAUCCUGGGAUUCAGUGAAACAUUUGAUACAAUCCUGCGGGAACAGAGCACUCAAGAAAACCGUGACACUGAAUGUAUUCCUCGGUUUAGUUUCACUAAAAGUGAAAAACUGAUUAACCUUUUGGACAUGAGCGAGGGGAUAGGUAACGUAGAAUUUGUUUUUAACGAACCUAAAGCGCAACAAUUAGGAGCUAAAGGUAAAGAAAGUAGUAAAGCAAUUGCUGGGAAUAAAGGGGCAAAUGUUCGUGACAGUCCUCUUGAGACUCAGGAACAAACCAGGUGCUUCAGAUCUGUGCUGUCAUUUGGACAAAAAGGUGAGUCUGUUGAAAAGCUUUACAGGCCCUGGGGUGUGGCAGUGAAUGAUCAUGAUGAAAUUGCUGUGACUGAGUUCUUGAACCACAGGGUUUCAGUGUUUAGUAGUGACGGUACCCACUUAAGAUCGUUUGGUAGGAGGGGUCACAAUAAUGGUGAGUUUCAUCAACCUUCAGGGAUCGCUUUUGAUAGUCAUGGCAAUAUUGUAGUGGUAGACAGUAAUAACCAGAGGGUGCAAGUCUUUGAUAGGAACGGUAACUUUCUUAGUAUGUUUGGUGAACGAGGAAGUCGUGAUAAUCAGCUUCAAUACCCUUUAGGCUUAUCAAUAAACAAUAACGGUGAUAUUAUUGUUGCUGACAGAGAUAACAAAUUAAUUAAGAUAUUCUCUUCUACUGGGAAGUGUUUACGUAAAUUUGGUGGAGCAGGUUCUUUGGUAAGUUCCUUUCACUGUAUCCAACACGGUCAAUAUUUUAUAGUCUCAGAUUACCAUGAUCAUUCCAUUAAAUUGUUUAAUCUUGAGGGAGAGUUUAUUUCUAAAUUUGGAAAACAUGGAAACAAGGAUGGAGAGUUCAAUGAGCCCGGUUGCUUGUUGGUGAACAAAGAAGGAUUACUAAUGGUCUGUGAUAGAGGUAAUCACAGAGUUCAGGUAUUUGAACUGAGUGGAAAGUUUGUUACGAAGUUUGGAAGUCAAGGUGUUGAGAGAGGAGAGUUUAAGCGUCCACUGUCAACAGCAAAUCUUAGUGAUGGAAGGAUAGUUGUAUGUGAUUUUGACAACAACCAAAUCCAGGUUUUUGACAAGAUAUAA